CACAAUCAGCGUGAGCCCCCAGCUUGAGAGCAAGGAAGAACAUCUGUCCUGAGGAGUGUACAGCCACAGACCAGCAAAGUCAUCAUUUCCGUGAACUUCCUGGGGCUGACAACAGCAUGCAAAGAACCCUGAUGGCCCCUGGCCAAAGCUGCUGUGCCCUGGCCAUCCUGCUGGCAAUUGUGAACUUCCAACAUGGUGGAUGUAUUCAUGUCACCAGCUCAGCAUCCCAGAAAGGAGGGCGACUGGACCUCACCUGUACUUUGUGGCACAAGAAAGACGAAGCUGAGGGGCUAAUACUCUUCUGGUGCAAAGACAACCCUUGGAACUGUUCCCCUGAGACCAGCUUAGAGCAGCUACGGGUUAAAAGGGAUCCUGAGACAGAUGGCGUCACUGAAAAGUCAUCUCAGUUGGUGUUCACCAUAGAACAAGCUACACCAUCAGACAGUGGGACCUACCAGUGCUGUGCCAGAAGCCAGAAGCCAGAAAUCUACAUUCAUGGCCAUUUUCUCUCCGUUCUAGUCACAGGGAACCACACAGAGAUAAGACAGAGACAAAGGUCGCACCCUGACUUCAGCCAUAUCAAUGGCACUCUCAGUUCAGGCUUCCUGCAAGUAAAGGCUUGGGGGAUGCUGGUCACCAGCCUGGUGGCCCUUCAAGCUCUAUAUACCGUGUGACAAAGAGAAAAGAAAAAAAAAAAAAAGACUUCAGAGGAAGGUACAGCGAGGUAAAUCUGACAAUGUGCAGAGAAGCCGGGUCCAUAGAACGGAUGUACUCCGAACACUGGGGCCGGCCAGACGGUCAAGGGUAAAGGUGUUUGCCUGCCAUAUUGCAGGUCAAACCUGUGCACCCACAUGGUGGAGGGAGAGAACUGACUCCCACAGGCUGUCCUCUGAUCUCCACUGGAGUGCCAUGCCUCCACCCCAGGCAACAAAAACAUCCCAAGAAUCUGGCAGAACAGUUUGUAUACUUCUGGAUCUCCUUCCUGACUGCCAGAGCAAGCUUGGCUUCUCCCACCUCAGUGCCAAUAAAGAAAACGUUUUGCAAACGUUGCUGAUGUAUAGUCCUUGAAUGCCAGGUAUGUUUUAUACCACAGAAUAAUGUUUCCCCUCCACACAAUAAAAUAAGCAAGUUUUAA